AUGUCAUUGAGUGCUUUAAACGGCAAGCAGAAGCGUCGUUGUACUGGAUUUCAGCUCACCGAGGAUGAGAUUCACAAUUUUAUUGCACACACCGGAGAUGGCGAAGAUGAUAGUGAAAGUGAUUGGGAUGAUCUGGGCGAGGCCGACCUGUCACAAUUUCUGUCCACUGCACACGAUGUUGGUGUAGACAUGCUGUUUGGCACCGCAGUCGAUGCAAAUUCCUCCCCGGACGAAUCGAAAAACAAUGUUCGUGAUUUUCUCUUCGGAUCAGACGAUAGUGACUCCGAACCCCAUGGGCUGGAGCGUGAAGAAGAUGGUGUCCAGCGAUCCCUGACCAACGCUGAAAAACUCGCCAAAUCAAAGCGCGUUGAUAAAGAGGUGGAGAAAAUGAUGCAGAGUACUUCUUCCGGGUCGGGCCAUACAACACAAUCGUCCACCUCAACAUCGCAGCCCUCGGUCACAACCGCUUUAGCUGCUUGUGCUGCCCGGCGCAAAAAAGCAAUCACCGACCUGAACAAUGCACAAUGGCCCAAUCAAAAAGUGAAUAGUUCUCCACGACCGACCACGGCACUAGUGCCGAACACUUGUAAGCCUGCCGUGACGGAUUCCGUCCAAGAGAAUUCACUUGACUGUUGGAUCGCUGUACCAUCCAGGUUGCGUGUACAUCGAUCUCGCAUUUCAUCUGAAUUGUGGAAGCAACGAACUGCAGAACGUCAAGUUAUGACCUUGUUGCAACUUAUGCAAAACCAGCGCGCUCACGCGAACAUCAGUGGUAUAAGCUCGAAGCGUUCACUGGAUAACAUCGUGCUGGUUGGUGUUAUUGGAAGCAAGCUGCCAGCUCGACGCUCUCGCAAUGACCGUAUAUAUUCCGUUUGGUGUUUAAGUGAUCUUGACGGAAUCGGACCAGGCACUACGAUGGGCUGUGUGAAACUGUUCCUAUUUGGUAACAAUCACGAGAAACUAUGGAAAGAAGCGGAGGGAACUGUUGUUGCCAUACUAGGUCCUCGAAUCAUGUCAGAUACAACAGUAGGCUCUUCGGAGAAGGACAUCAGUAUCACAAUAGAGUCAGCGAUGCAUGUGAUGCUUUUGGGUCAUUCACCUGAUUUUGGUGUUUGUGCUGCCACCACAAAAACGGGUCAACAGUGCUUUCACGUGGUUAACAAAUCGAUUUGUCGCUACUGUGAUGUACACGUAAAAAAGGCGUAUUUCGAGGCCAGUACAUCUCGGCCAGGAUUCGCUACAACAAUGCAACCACUUUUCGGUAAACGUCCCACUCGUCGGAAAAGUGAUAUUCUUCCAUUUAGUCAAGAAACUCCCCAAUAUUGUUUGCCCGUCUCGCAGUCUUUCAUGAUGACAGAAUUCGAUCGACGCCCCAGUGUCGCCACGCGCGUGAAACUCAGUGCGUCAAAAUUAUCAGCUGCAGGUUACCAGUUCGACGCAGCCACUGGCUUGAGUCGCCAACCAACCACGGCGCAUUUACCCCCUGUUCCCAACCNCCCGACAAAUCUCACAACUAACUCCGUGGACUCUAGUCAACAUCACCGUCCAAAGAUAAGCUCGCCCGAGCGUAAACUAAUCAGUGCAUUGCAGCGACCUAGUGCGGGUUCGUUGAAUUUAUUACGACAGUUGGAAUUAGAGCAGACUUCUGCCUCUGGUGAGACAGUUUCGGAUCGAAACCAUUCUGUUCGUACACGAUCCCCCAAUAUUAGUCCGAAUAAGAAACCAAAACUCUCAGUCACAUUCACUGAAUUUUUUGCCUCCGUACCGAAAUGUUCACCGGCUGGUCACAAACCUUGUCUACCGAAAUCUUCCGGGUUCAUCGAUCUUGGUCCUAUUUCUCCCGCUGGGUCCGGUGAGCGCAUUCUCACUGCUUCGCGCCUUCGGGCGACUGCUUUGGUUCAGUCACAAGGGGGUUUGCAGGUUAUGGAGCAACGUCAAAAACGGAGACGGUUAUCGGAAAUGGCGAACCUACCUUCUCUAAGCAUUCCAUCACCGUUAUCUCAGGUCCUGGGACCUUCUAACCGGAAGACUACUACUUCAUCAAACGAGUCUCCUACCACUGACACCGAAAAUAAUAUCCAGGCUGACGAAAACAAGCAUAAAUCAAGUGCUUCGAACACAGCCAAGCAACAAAAGGCUGAACGGUUAGCUGCUUUGGAGCUCCAAGUGCGCCUGGGUUCUGCUCAUACGGAUUUGGUCACGGUAGCUGAAAAUCACUCGGAACAACAGCGAUUGUUCACCUUGGAGAAGCGCGAUGAAUUUCAACAAAAAUUGGCGGAACAAAACGAAGAACCAUGUACAUAUGUUCGUUGUAAAACUUGUGGCUACCGUGCAUGGAAAGCGGCCCCUGAUUGUCGUCGUUCUGAGCACCAGUUAGUGUACGUCAAAGGCACUAAACGAUACUUUCGAUGUCGUAAUUGUGCACAGAGAACCAUCACAUUCGAUCGUUAUCCAAAUCAUUGUUGCAGACGUGCUGUUGGUUGA